GGUGUGGCAUUACCGGAACAGGAGGACUCUCCUCGGGAUUCGGUGUCCUACUUGACGGAGAUUGCUUGUGUGCCAAGUUUCUCGCCGUAUAAAUCCGGGCAUCACUUUUCCUCUUUCUCCUGCAUGUUUGGUGCCUGCCAGUCUGCUGCCUUGCCUUCUUCGUCGACGGUCUCACCGCCUUCCUCUCGGUGUCAUCUAUUUACUGCGAGCAUGGCUUUAUCUAAGAUCGCCAAGACCGCAUUCAGCCGAUCUCAGGGUAGAAUAGCUUCCGAGAACUGCGUGCACCGGAUGGGGCUUCUCCGCCGCGGCCUUCCCGCUAGUCAACCUUACCACACUUUGCUUCCGAGUAUGAUGGCAAGCGAUGGCUUCUCUCGCAUCAGGAGAGCCGAUGUUUUCGGUGUCGAAAGCAGGGGAAUCAGCCACACCCCGUCCCGCGAAUACCCGCCUACUGCUCAGGCGAUCGAAGAUGAUUUGUAUGUGGAGGCUGAUGAUGGUGCGAGGCUGCCAGGAUUGGAGCCUACGAAGCCUGGUGAGAAGCCGAGGGUGGUGGUUCUCGGCACCGGAUGGGCUGGCUGCCGGUUCCUCAAAGGACUGGACGCCAAGCUUUAUGACAUCGUCUGCAUCUCUCCCAGGAACCACAUGGUCUUCACGCCCCUGCUUGCUUCUACCUGCGUUGGCACGCUCGAGUUCCGCUCGGUAGCUGAGCCGGUGGGCCGGAUCCAGUCUGCUCUGGCCGGAGCCCCUGAUUCCUACUUCUACCUGGCAAAUUGUACGGGGAUCGACACGGACAAGCACGAAGUGCAUUGCGAGUCUGUCCCAGGCACCGGGCUGCCUUACGACCCCUACCGCUUCAAGGUUGCGUAUGACAAGCUGGUUAUCGCGGCCGGUGCAGACCCUCUAACCUUCGGCAUCAAAGGAGUCCGAGAACAUGCAAUGUUUCUCCGUGAAGUACACCAUGCUCAAGAGAUACGAAGGAAGCUUCUUUUGAACCUGAUGCUCUCCGAGUCUCCGGGCAUAUCAGAAGAAGAGAAGAAGCGUCUUCUCCACUGUGUUGUCAUAGGAGGUGGCCCGACCGGAGUAGAAUUCAGUGGUGAACUGAGUGACUUCAUCAUGAGAGAUGUACGCCAGAGAUAUUCUCAUGUAAAAGAUCACAUUCAAGUGACUCUCAUAGAGGCAAAUGAGAUCCUAUCAUCGUUCGACAUCGGAUUGAGGCAGUACGCAACGAAUCACUUGACGAAGUCUGGAGUUCGUCUCGUGCGAGGCGUGGUGAAAGAGGUGCUGCCGGAGAAGAUACUCCUAAGCGACGGAAGUUGUGUUCCUUAUGGUCUGCUCGUCUGGUCCACCGGAGUCGGGCCCUCGGAGUUCGUGAAGUCGCUCGACCUUCCCAAGGCUCCGGGCGGAAGGAUCGGAGUCGAUGAAUGGCUUCGCGUUCCAUCCGUGGAAGACGUAUUUGCACUGGGAGAUUGCGCAGGUUUUCUGGAACACACAGGGAAGCCGGUUCUUCCUGCCCUGGCUCAGGUCCCUCGUACUCCUCCGUUCCUCUUCUUCGAGAUAGAUAGCAUGACGAAUCGAACAACUGUGGAUGCUGAAAGUUGCCAACUCCUCUUGCAAACAGGUUGCCGAGAGGGAGGGCAAAUAUCUCGCCAACAUGUUCAACGAGAUUGGCAAGCAGAACGGUGGCAAGGCGCACUGCGCCGGGAACAUCACCAUGGGGGAUCCCUUCGUCUACAGGCACCUCGGAAGCAUGGCGUCCGUUGGGCGCUACAAAGCAUUGGUGGAUCUAAGACAGAGCAAGGACGCCAAGGGCAUCUCCAUGGCCGGGUUCAUCAGCUGGUUCAUAUGGAGGUCUGCCUACCUGACGCGUGUGGUAAGCUGGAGAAACAGGUUCUACGUCGCGGUGAAUUGGGCCACGACUCUGGUCUUCGGCAGGGAUAACUCCAGGAUUGGAUAGGUCCAUCGAUCGCAAUGCUGCACGCCGCGAGGCAGCCAAGUUUUGGGAGCAAAAAAUCCUACGCUCGAAAUCAUCAUCAUUUUGUUUUGUUUUGUGUUUCUUUCUUUCUACUGUUCAAUUUUUUUAAUCCAAAAGAAUUUAUUUGUCGUAUUUAUAUCAAAAAAAAUCCUCUAAAAUUGAUAAUAAAAUCUAUAUGUUGGUUUCUGAUUA